GUGGACUUAAGUGAUGUUAUGAUAUGCAAAAUCCCUCCACACAUGAGGAAAAGAGCCCUCUUGUGGUGAUGUUAGAGGAAUAGCAAUUGGAGACAACCCGCUGCACUCUGCUGCUCUGUAAGGCAAACAUCAGUAAAGCCAAGCUGCAAGAAAAGAAGGGUUCUUCAUGACAAAAUGACAGCAAGGGAACACAGUCCCCGCCAUGGUGCAAAAUCCCGCACCGUGCAACGGGCUUCCACCAUUGAUGUCACCUCUGACAUGCUAGGCCUUUCUCUAGCAGGAAACAUUCAGGAUCCAGAUGAACCAAUUUUAGAGUUCAGUUUAGCUUGCAGUGAGCUGCUAACUCCAUCGCUAGAUCGAAAACCAAAUAGUUUUGUAGCAGUGAGUGUAACUACACCUCCUCAGGCGUUCUGGACGAAGCAUGCACAGACAGAAAUUAUUGAGGGUACAAGUAAUCCUAUCUUUCUAAGCAGCAUUGCUUUUUUCCAAGACUCUCUUAUCAAUCAAAUGACACAAAUCAAACUCUCCGUGUACGACGUCAAAGAUCGAUCUCAGGGAACAAUGUAUUUGUUGGGUUCUGGGACGUUCAAUGUAAAAGAACUUCUUCAGGAGAAGAAUCACAGGUUGCACUUAACACUAAGGUCGGCUGAAAGUGACCGCGUAGGUAACAUUACAGUUAUUGGAUGGCAGAUGGAGGAAAAAACUGACCAAAGGCCUCCAGUGACAAGGUCACCUGACACAAUUAAUGGAAGGACUGUGUUGCCAGUUGAUGAAAGUUUGACAGAAUCUUUAGGAAUCAGAUCCAAAUAUGCUUCGUUACGGAAAGAUGCACUACUGAAAUCUGUGUUUGGUGGUGCCAUUUGUCGAAUGUAUCGCUUCCCAACCACUGAUGGAAACCACCUGAGAAUCUUGGAGCAGAUGGCUGAGAGCAUCCUGUCGCUACACAUCCCUAGGCAAUUUGUGAAGCUUCUUCUAGAAGAAGAUGCAGCAAGGGUUUGUGAACUAGAAGAAUUGGGAGAACUGUCUCCGUGUUGGGAAAGCCUUCGUCGACAAAUAGUUACUCAGUACCAAACGAUUAUUUUAACUUAUCAGGAAAAUCUAACAGACCUGCACCAGUAUAAAGGUCCUUCAUUUAAAGCCAGUAGCUUGAAAGCUGAUAAAAAAUUGGAAUUUGUUCCUACGAAUUUACACAUUCAGAGAAUGAGAGUCCAGGAUGAUGGAGGAUCAGAUCAGAACUACGACAUAGUCACCAUAGGAGCACCAGCAGCUCACUGUCAAGGCUUUAAAUCAGGUGGCUUGCGGAAAAAGCUGCAUAAAUUUGAAGAGGCGAAGAAACACAGUUAUGAGGAGUGUUGCACUUCAACAAGUUCCCAGUCUAUUAUAUACAUCCCACAGGACAUUGUUAGAGCAAAGGAAAUCAUUGCACAGAUCAACACCCUGAAGACGCAAGUCAGUUACUAUGCAGAACGGCUCUCGAGAGCUGCCAAGGAUAGAUCAGCUAAUGGCCUUGAAAGAACACUUGCCAUCCUAGCAGACAAGACCCGGCAACUUGUCACAGUCUGUGACUGCAAGCUGUUGGCAAAUUCAAUACAUGGACUGAAUGCUGCAAGGCCAGACUAUAUAGCUUCAAAAGCAUCUCCAACCUCUGGAGAAGGGGAGCAAGUGAUGCUGAGGAAUGACCAGGAUACGCUUGUGGCCAGAUGGACAGGAAGAAAUAGCCGAUCUUCUCUGCAGGUGGAUUGGCAUGAAGAGGAAUGGGAGAAAGUUUGGUUGAACGUUGACAAAAGUCUGGAGUGUAUUAUACAGCGAGUGGACAAGCUUCUCCAGAAGGAGCGCUUGCAAAGUGACAGCUGUGAAGAUGUUUUCCAGUGCGACAUCAGCUGUACUAGUAAGAAAGAUUGCAGCCCUGCCCCGGAAGAAUCUGGCCCAGGCGAAUGGAGCGAAGCUCUUUAUCCCUUGCUGACAACACUCACCGACUGCGUAGCCAUGAUGAGCGACAAGGCAAAGAAAGCCAUGGUCUUUUUAUUAAUGCAGGACAGCGCCCCGACAAUAGGGCUCUGCCUGAGCCUUCAGUAUCGCAGGGAUGUUGUCUUCUGCCAAACUCUGACAGCUCUCAUUUGUGGUUUCAUUAUCAAGCUGAGGAACUGCCUGCAUGAUGAUGGAUUUCUAAGACAACUGUACACCAUUGGCUUGCUGGCGCAGUUUGAGAGCCUGCUGAGCACUUACGGUGAGGAGCUGGCAAUGCUGGAGGACAUGAGUUUGGGAAUCAUGGAUUUGAGGAAUGUAACCUUUAAAGUAACUCAGGCCACAUCAAAUACAUCUACUGACAUGCUGCCGGUCAUCACUGGAAAUCGUGACGGAUUUAAUGUGAGGAUCCCUUUGCCAAGCGCCUUGUUUGAUUUGUUGCCGCGAGAGAUUCAAAGUGGGAUGUUACUGAGGGUUCAGCCUGUUCUUUUCAACGUGGGCAUCAAUGAGCAGCAAACCCUGGCAGAGAAGUUUGGAGACACUUCCCUGCAAGAAGUAAUUAACAUGGAAAGCUUAGUGCGGUUGAAUUCCUAUUUUGAGCAGUUCAAAGAAGUUUUGCCUGAUGAUUGUCUACCUCGAUCUCGUAGUCAGACGUGCCUGCCUGAACUGUUAAGAUUUCUGGGACAAAAUGUACAUGCAAGGAAAAAUAAGAAUGUUGAUAUCCUUUGGCAAGCUGCUGAGAUAUGCCGCAGACUAAACGGUGUUCGAUUUACAAGCUGUAAAAGUGCCAAGGAUAGGACUGCCAUGUCGGUCACCCUAGAGCAGUGUUUGAUCCUACAGCAUGAACAUGGAAUGGCUCCACAGGUCUUCACCCAGGCUCUGGAGUGUAUGAGGAGUGAGGGUUGUCGGCGAGAAAAUACAAUGAAGAAUGUUGGAUGUCGCAAGUAUGCAUUUAAUUCCCUGCAACUGAAGGCUUUCCCAAAGUAUUACAGGCCUCCAGAAGGAACUUAUGGAAAAGUUGAAACAUAAGCAUAUUAUGUCCUUUAAUUGCUGUUCCAUUAAAACAUGUGGAUACACUCUAGAUUAAUAGAUGACUGUCAUCCAGAAGAGAUAAAUAACCUUUCUGUACGUUUCGCUAGGUUAUACAGAGCAUGUUACUUGCAGAAUUGGAAUCUAUAGUAACAGUUAUCCUGACACCUUAGCUUGAGAAUAGUGCGAUGACUCUCUGCCCGUUUAAAUAGCCUUCAGUGUACGUCCGAUGAACAGAUACCGUGCUACUUCAUAAUCACCUAUAUGCAAAUAGCUAGGCACCUCCUGGGUGGGCAAGGACUCUAGGAACGGCGUUUAGGCAGCUGUUUCACAUCACAUCUUUUUAUACUGAGUUGACUUGAGAUGGAGCUUUUCAUAAACUUUUUAAAACUGAGGGUAGAACUCAAAAGUUGUAAAUAAAAAGGGAUUGGAUCCUAGACAGUCUAAUGACUGUAGAAUGCAUUGUUACAAUCAAGAAACAGGGGUUUAAC